CUGUCAGCCACAUAAUUUUAUAGGUUAUGUUGCAUGUAAAUAAACAUAAUGAUAGAAGUUUCAGCAAAAUUACUUCGCGGCCACGUAUUUUUAUCCGGCGAAAUAGUAGAAUGUAGUAUUUCUUUUAGCCACCCGCCUUCACCAUCCCACAAAAUUUCACAGAGCCACACAGAUGUUUUUGAAAGUCUUGCCUGGGCUUCAGCCCAAAUUCACUGUCAAUGUUUCACUGAUUCAAAGAUUUACAAGGAGAAAGAUAAUGAAAGGGUUAAUCAAUUGACAUUUGCAGAUACGUCGUUAGGGGCCUCAUCACAAGAUGGAAAGAUUGAAAUUGCAACCAAGCCAAAGAUAUUGUUCUGUGAUUUAAGGCUCUCACCUGGCCAAACUAAAACAUUUAUUUAUCGUGAAAAAAUCCCGAGCGACUCUCCUCCUUCAUAUAGAGGUCAAUUAGUAAAAUACUCAUACAAAAUAACAAUAGGGACUCAACGAGUUAACAGUCCUGUUAAAUUGUUGAGGGUGCCAAUUAGAGUUUUGCCUUUGUGCGAGGCAGUUUUAAGUGAGGCAGGGGCUCUAUGUAAUGAUACAACAGAAGAAUUAACACCAGCAAACCCGUUUUUAGAGAUUCAACAAAAAGAAACACCACUGGAUAUGGCAUUACAAAGUUUACAGAAUAUUACAGCCAGAAGAAACCCAAAUUUCUACAUGAUUUCAAAUACUUGGGGUAAAGUUGCAAGAUUUUGCAUUUUUAAACCAGCCUAUAAGUUGGGUGAAGAUAUUAUAGGGACUUUUGAUUUUACUGUGGCUACAGUAAAUUGUAUGCAAGUCUCAGUGUCUUUACAAUGUGAAGAAGAAACAUUUAUUGAUGUAAACAACGAAAAUUCCAAACAAGUUCGUAUUAUAACAUACAGUAAACACCACGAAGUAUGUUUAGGCUAUAAGUACACACAAUUAAUAUUGCCUAUACCUUUACAUGUUACACCAGCGUUUACAACACAAUUAGUGAGUUUAAAGUGGCGGCUGCAUUUUGAGUUUGUAACCAGUACCAAUAAGCAGUUGGCAACCCCUGAUUUAGAUCAAUUUGAUUGGCAAGCUCCCUCUGAUGUCCCUAUAGAAACAAUGGUGUGGAGUCUACCAAUAAGAUUAUACUCUACCAUACCUAUACAUGUUGCUCAAGGCGUACAGAGUAAUACUAUACAUUCCUUGAAAAUGUACUAAUGUAACAUUUGUUGCAAUAUUAUUUAUAAGGAUAGAAUUAUUUUGUGUAAAAUAGAUUUUUGAAGUCAAAAAAAUACAAAUUUAUAAGCAACUAAUAAAAUUAAGAAUUUA